GAAGACACACACAUGAUAAACCAAGAACCCUUUUGUUCAAAGUCAUUGCGUUUGCACUCUAACACACCUUCGUUUUCUUGUGCGUUCCGUUUAUAUAGCUGAAGAAGAAUUUACAGCAUCAGUUUUUGGACAUCUAGCGUUUGUUAUACGCUGUGCUAGGUGCUAAGAGGGUUGUGAAAAGGAACUCACUUUGCACUCCACAUGGCAUUUACCAGUAGGGCACAUGAGAUGGCCACAAUGGCUGGAGCUGCGCCUAUCCGAAGCCAGGAGCCAGGAGCUUCUUCCGGGUCUCCCACGUAGGUGCAGGGCCCAAGGACUUGGGCCAUCUUCUACUGCUUUCCCAGGCCAUAGCAGAGAGCUGGAUCGGAAAAGGAACAGCCGGGACUAGAACCAGUGCCCAUAUGGGAUGCUGGCGCUUCAGUCCAGGGUGUUAAUCCACUGCACCACAGCACCAGCCCUGAGAAAUAUGUGGUGUUUUAAAGGUGGCCACAAUGGCCAGCUCUGGGCCAGGCUGAAGCCAGGAGCUUCAUCUGGGUCUCUCACAUCAGCAGCAGGGACCCAAACACUUGGGCCAUCUUCUGCUGCUUUUCCCAAGCCAUUAACAGGAAGCUGGAUCAGAAGUGGAGCAGCCAGGACACGAACCAGCGCCAUUAUGGGAUGCCGGCAUUGCAGGCAGCUGCUAACCCACUAUGCCACAUGCCAGCCCCAAAGCAUCACCAAAGAACCAAACAAAAGCCUAGAGAUAAAGCAAAAGCAAAGAAAACUUCCCAGGAAGAAGCUGAGAAGCUGCAGAAGUUGAUCUCUGUCAUGAAAAGCCAGGGCUGGAUUCCCAAGGAAGAAAGUGUGCGGCGGCUCCUGUGUGCAGACCCCUGCUGCCCAGUCUGCAAUUCUGUGGCUCUAGAGAUUCAUCGGUUGCUGGAGGGUGGGAACAAACAAGUCUCCCCAACUUUUUCGGUGCCAUCACAGGGCUCUUCUUACCUAGAGAUGUUCUCCACAUCUAGUGUGUCUUUCGAUCAGAGUCAGGAUCUACAUUCUGAGCACUCUGGAGAGCUUUCACUGCCAUCUGGCCCCACACGGUCACGAUUAGUAGAUCAGAAAUGUGUAACUCGGUCAACUUCCAGGUUAACUGGCACAGUAAGCAUUCAAGACCAUUGUGUUGAUCACCACAAACAUGGGAAGGGAUUUAAAGUUCCCGACGUGGCCCAGGAUGUGGGAGCUCUCUCUUCUUCAAGUCUUGAUGAACCUGGGAUUUCUGUGAAGAAGCAGGAGAGGAAGAAGAACAAAGUCACAGCUGUCCAGGAGAAUAAAGAAGCUCCAGUUGACUUGGAAAACAAGAUGACUCUCUUUUCACACUGGAUUAACCCUGAAGUGAAAGGUCAAAGGCAUGAGGAAUCCAUCAUCCCCAGUAAGGCUGAGACAACGACCAAAGCCAAGACAAAAACGGUUGAGAAGAGCCCAAUCCCCACUAAAAAGCUUGUGCGGGGACCUAACAUGGAAAAGACAACAGUGGGUCCUGGGGCCCAGUGUCCCCCUACUAAGAAGGAGGGCAUGAAAUCUGAUGCCCCAGCUGCCCACAAAAGCAGCUUCAGUAACUUUCCUUUAAAAUCUGCCAAUCCUGUAUCCUGCGUCAUUCCUGCUGCUGCUCCAAAAUCUGUCCUCAACUGAUUGCCACCCAAGCAGGAAAUCUACCCCAGGUCUCAACUCUCACCUCAGCAGAAGACACUGGUUUGCAUACGGAGACUCCCCAUUCCAAAGAAAAGGAGUUGAUAGGUUCCCACACCUCUGCAUCCCCCUGAAAAAACGCUGUCAUCACCGUUUCCAUUAACACACAGGUGAGGCAAGGCAUUCUCCAAAUAUACUCUCUACCUGUAAGCA